AAGAUACCCUGUGACUUGGACUUUGGAUGGCCACAUCCUUUUCGAUCGUUGCUCGGAAAGAUACCGGUAUCCAACAAACCACUUGUAUUGCUUGGCUUCUCAAAUCAAAUCGGUUCCUCUGGUCAUAGAUUUUGACCCAUCAAUUUUGUGUGAAUCUUAUUAUAUCCAAUCAACACCAUGUUGUCCAACACUAUCCGUCGCUCUGUGGCUUCUGCCUCCAACAAGCGCUUCAUGAGCGCCAUCACUGGUGUUCAGGGCCGAGAGAUUAUUGAUUCUCGUGGAAAUCCCACUGUCGAGGUGGACAUUACUACUUCUCAAGGAACCUUUACCGCCAGUGUCCCUUCUGGAGCUUCCACCGGAGCCUACGAAGCCUGCGAAUUGCGUGAUGGUGGUUCUCGUUACAUGGGAAAGGGUGUUCUCCAGGCUGUGGAAAAUGUGAACACUGUCCUCAAGGACACUGUCAUGGGUAUGGAUGCUGCCGACCAAAGGGCCAUCGAUGAUGCCAUGAUCGCCGCUGAUGGCACCCCCAACAAGAACAAUGUCGGUGCCAACGCCAUUCUUGGAAUCUCUCUCGCUGCCUCCAAGGCCGGUGCUUCUGCCGCCGGUGUUCCUCUCUGGAAGCACUACGCCAACCUUGCUGGUAACCCCAACCCCGAUGUUCUUCCCGUUCCUUGCUUCAAUGUGAUCAAUGGCGGAGAACACGCUGGAAACAAAUUGGCAUUCCAGGAAUUCUUCAUCAUCCCCACUGGAGCUGAAACUUUCAGCGAAUCCAUGGCCAUUGGUUGCGAAGUCUUCCACAACUUGAAGCAGGUCAUCAAGAAGAAGUUCGGUGGUGAUGCCACUUUGAUUGGAGACGAGGGUGGUUUCGCUCCUCCCUGUGAUGUCGAAUCUGGAUUGGACAUGUUGAUGGAGGCCAGUGAAAAAGCCGGACACUUGGACAAGAUCACCGUUGGUUUGGAUGUCGCCAGUUCCGAAUUCAAGGUCGCCGGAAAGGAUGCCUACGAUUUGGAUUUCAAGACCACUGGAGCCGAUAAGGACACCUCCAUGACCUUGAGCGGUGACGAAAUGAUUGCUUUCUACAAGAGCAUUAUCGACAAGUACCCCAUUGUUACCAUUGAGGAUCCCUUUGACCAAGACGACUGGGAAAACUGGUCCAAGAUUGUUGCUGCUGUCGGAAAGGAUGUCCAGAUUGUCGGAGAUGAUUUGACCGUCACCAACCCUAUCAAGAUUCAACAAGCCAUUGAGGAAAAGUCUGCCAACUGCUUGUUGUUGAAGGUCAACCAGAUUGGAAGCAUUAGCGAAUCCAUUGACGCCGUCAAGCUUUCCAAACAGAACGGAUGGGGAGUCAUGACAUCCCACAGGUCUGGAGAAACCGAGGAUAGCUACAUUGCCGACUUGGCCGUCGGUCUUUGCACUGGACAAAUCAAGACUGGUGCUCCUUGCCGUGGUGAACGUACUGCCAAGUACAACCAAUUGUUGCGCAUUGAAGCCGUUCUCGGAGGUGCCGCCAAGUACCCAGGAAUGGGCUUCCGCACGCCCUCAUGGAUGGGUUAAACAACGCAAUUCGGUAUUGCAGGAGGCUUGAGUGAAGGUAGAAUCUUUGGUAAUUGCAAAUGGCUCUGUCUGAGCGGUGAACUAAUUUUAAAAGAAGUAGAACGUGUAUCCUUUGCACUUAG